AUGCCCAACAAAGCCCAAGAGGAUGCUGUGAUUAACCUAAAGACACUGCAGGAGAUUUCCAGUCUGCUCGGUUUUGAGUGGACAGUUUUGGCAUAUGAGCUUGGUUUCAACAGAACUGAGAUCGGUCGAUUUCACACCAAAUCCACAGAGAAGAGUGUCCAGGCUAGGACCAUGCUGGAGAGCUGGUAUGAAAAGUCAUGGGACAAGCCCAAUAAGACCAAGCUGCUGCAGGAUGGACUAGAGCGAGCAGGCCGACGGGACCUGUCUGAAAGGCUGCGCUGCCUCCACUGGGGCCACCAGAAGCUGAGCCAUAGGGUUGAGCUGCCCUCGGCCUUCCCCUUCCUCAUCACUGUCCACAAGACCAUCCACAACCAAGACGCACUGCGCAGGAUCAACGACCUCAACCGUAGAUAAACUUAAAGCUGGGUGAAAAUGUGAAAAAUGUGGCACUUUCUACAUGGCGCACUGCAAAUAAAUGUACUGUGUCCUUGAUCAAACAAGUGAGAAGCAUGGGUCAUGUAUAAAAU